AUGUCCAUCGACUUGUACCCACCAUUUAUUAAGCAAGACGAUCUCUCUCCAGAUGAAGGAUUCGGAGCAGACAUAGAUGAAGAUUGUGAGCUCCUCAAUGGUGCAACUAAAGGGUUCGGAGCAGAUGCAGAUACCUGCAUCGCAUGCCUGGGCGCCAAAGACGCCGUCGCACGCUGGAAGCUUGCUCGACGAUACCAGGAACUCUACGAUAAGCCGCUGACAAAAUUGAUGAAAGACGAGUUUUCUGGUGAUUUUGGUAGAGCCAUGAAGAUGCUUGCCAUGCCAAUUGACGAAGCUGAAUGCUACAUGUUGAAAAAAGCAUUCGAAGGACUGGGAUGUAAUGUCAAGGUGAUCUAUUCCAUAUUGGUUGGACGUAGUAAUGACGAAAUCAACAGAAUCAAGAAAAACUAUUUCAAGCUUUACACCAAAGAUCUUGGAAAACAAUUGGCUAGUGAACUCCACGGUGAUAUGGAGCGGCUUGUCUUCAACUGCUUCCAAGCCGGCGAGGAACCUUACGACCCACAGUUUCACACGGAAGAAAAGGCGCAGGAGGAUGCCGAUGAAAUCUAUGAGAAGGGCCAAGGAAAGUUCUUUGGAACGGAUGAGAAGAAGAUCUUCAAGAUCCUUUGCGCGUCCCCCCCUGAGCACAUUGCAAAUAUUGACAAAGCAUAUGCUGAGAAGCGAGGCUACACCCUUAGCAAGGCCAUAGAGAAGGAAUUGAACGGUAACGUGCGCGAUGCAACCAUUCAUCUUGUUGGUAUGAAGACUAAGCCAUACCACAGUGCAGCUGCAAUGAUCAAGGAAGCAUGCAAGGGAAUCGGAACUGACGAGCUGUUGUUGACAACUUGUAUUGUCCGAUACCAAUAUGUUCUUAAGGAUGUCAUGGCAGCCCAUAUAGAAGAAUACGGCAAAACUAUUCAUGAACGCGUAAAAUCUGAGACUAGUGGCAACUACAAAGAACUGCUCUUGACAGUACUCAAUGCCGUGUGGCCAGAAGAAGGAUAG